GUCAGUUUUAUAUGGAGUUGGUUUUUUGUUUAUGUUUUUAUAAGACGGAUUUUAGUUUUUAUGCUUUCGAUUUUUAAAGUGUAUGUGCUCUCGCUAGUUUCGGUUAAAUUUUAGAUUAACACGUGUAAUUAUUUGUCGAAAUUUAUUCUGCCCGCGUUUGUGGUGUAUUGGUACUGUUUUUGUGGGCCUAUGCCGGUCAUAAAAUAGACUAAAAUGGCUCAUUUCACGUUCUUAAUACCUCGACAAACGGACGAUUUAUUAAAAAGUAGUAUAAACGAUGAUUACUACGUUAAAAAUGUGUCUGUACAGAAAGAUAUUCCGAAUGAAUUAAAGGGUUGUAGAUUAUCUUUGCGAGAAGAAGGAGCUGAAUUUAUUCUUGAUUCUUUCGAUACAUAUUUUUCUGUUCUACAUCAUGGUGAUUCGCUUAGUAUGGCUCUUAUAUAUCAAGCUUUCGAAGAUUUGCAUAAAGGUGCAAUAGAACUUAACAAAGCAUUAGGCUUCCUACUGGACGAUAAAGACAAUCUUAAUGACGAAACAACAGCUAAAUACAAAAACAUUUUAAAGAUGUUAAUCUACUUAUAUACACAAAUAGUAUUACUAUUAGAAAAACGUGUUUUAGCUAAAAAGGAACAGCAAAUAUCUCUAAAAGGGAAAAAGAAAUCUGUGAAAGAUGCAGAUGAAGAAUUUUAUGUUGACAAAAAAAGUGUCUUACUCAUACUUAACAAUAUCAUACAACGUGAAAUAUCUCUAUUCUGGGACGACCAGGCGAUAGAAGAAACCUUUAUUAACACAAUUUCCGGAAUUUGUUACGAAUUUUUACAAAAUCCUUCCGUAAAAAAAGAAAAAGAAGAAUUUAAUGAAAUUUUUAAUGUUCUUGGAUACCUGAUGAAGGCUUAUAAUCAUGGUACGACUUUUAUAGUGAGGAUAACGCAACUUAUUAAAUUACAUGAACAUUUAAUCCACUGCGUGCCGAAUGGUAUUAAAUAUUUGGUGCAGAAUUUUAAUUAUAAACGAUUAUUGCACGAGUUUAUCGAGGAGUUGACUGAAUGGCAAACUGAUGAGAGACAUCAAGAUGCACAGGGUUCGCGACAUUGCGCUACAGUCUUGUCUUCCUUAGCAGCUCUUUUACCUGACCUCAUGAUGCCAGAAGUCGUAUCGUUGAACAAUUAUUUAUACUACGAGCCUGCAAGUCUUCGAAUAUCAGUUAUAAUGGUAAUGGUCGAAGUUAUACUCAGCAAUUUGACCAACGACGAGUUAGACGAUGAACAGAGAAAAUUUCGGGACGAACUUUUCGGAAUCCUCAUGGAACAUUCUGAAGAUGUUUCUGCUAUGGUUAGAGCCAAAGUUUUUAAUCAAUGGGCCAGAUUACAAAAAGAAAUGGCAAUCCCGCUGAAAUUUCAAUUGCAAGUUUUGGAGAUAUGCGUGGAGCACUUGCGCGAUAAAGGCCCUUUGGCAAGAAAAUUUGCCGCUCAUUGCGUCACGACUUUCCUGUCUUGUAACGGAUUCAGUUCCAAU